UCUGUGCCCACCUCUUAGCCCCGAUGUGAUCCCUCACAGACCUUCAACCUGCCCCGCGAGUCUCUAUAACAACAUGCCCACCUCGGCCCUUCUUCCCUCCCACCUCGCUACGACAGACACUUCCUCUGGCCUAUCGCACCGUGGCCGACCCCUGUGCCCUGCCCACCCCAGCGGUCCCUCUCCAGCCCCGCCAGAGCCAAUCCGCGGCGGGGUGUAAAGUAGGGCAAGCCGCUUCCUGGUUCAAGGAGGAGCUGCCUGGAGUUGGAAUGGGCCAGCGGAGUCAGAGAGGGGGGAGAACAGCCCAGCAAGCCGGCGGUCUGCAAAGAGAGAGCCGAGGCAGGGGGAUAUAAACGCCGGCAGAGAGUCAAGAAGAAGCUGAUAUUACAGAGAACUCCCGGGCAAUACGUGGUUCGUCAGAGGGACUGGUGUGAGAAUUUGGACAGUGCCGAGAGAGCGGUGACCCCCGGAGAGCGACGAGGGGGGGAGAGAGGCUGGUGGGAGUGAAUCCAGGAAGUACAGAAGCCGGUCAGGUGGGACGCGACGAGAUAACAUAGGUGACACCGGCGCACAGCUUUGUAUCCCUGGAAACCUUUUGGCUCUGCUGGAAAAGAACAGAAGCAGGAAGAAGUGGAAAAUAGAGAGGGAGGAAGAGAGCAGGGACCCAUCCUCAUCUGAGUUUAUGGACUGGAGGUAAGAGGUGGCGAUGUCUCCAGGAGAGGACGGUCUGAUCGGGAUCCCCUUCCCAGAGCACAGCAGCGAGAUCCUGUUCCGCCUCAACGCCCAGCGCAGGGCGGGGCUACUCUGUGACCUCACCCUGACCUCGCGGGGUGCUCGCUACCCUACCCACCGCUCUGUCAUGGCUGCCGUCAGCCUCUACUUCCGCGGGCUGUUUGGGGCGGAAGAGGGGGCCGAGGCAGGGGGUGAGGCGGGGGGAGGAGGAGGGUUCAGUGUGUGCCAGCUGGACUGUGUCGCGCCCGAUGCCCUGGAUGCCCUGCUGGAGUUUGCCUACACGGCCACCCUGACCAUCCGCAGCUCUGGCAUGAGAGACGUGUUGAGAGGAGCUCAGUUACUGGGGAUCCAGUGUGUGGUUGAUGCCUGUAGAGACAUACUGGGGGAGACUGCAGGGGAGGUAGAGUGGGAGACGGGGGAGGAGAGGGUACAGGCGGAGAGGGAGAGAAGGGUGGAGAGGGGGAUGAAGAAAGGCUCCCGGAGGAAGAUAGACAGACGGAGAGUCAACAAGGUGGAGUCAUCGCACCACCAGCCACUGCCUCAUCGCCCCAAUAUUAACACACACCAGCACCCCUCCACUCCUCCUCCACACCCCUCACCUGUUCAAGACGGGGCCCACUCUCAUCCCUCCACCCGACCCCCCAGCCCUGAGCAGGAUGAACACCCCCCCACCACGGGACAGAACGGGGAGCGGAAGCAGGGCAGGAAUGCAGGGAGAGGGAGUACAGCAGUCAACGGAGGGGUGCGCUGGCCUCAGGAGCGCCUCCUCGCCCCCCACCCCCCUCUUCCCCUCUCAGACGACAGGCUGUCAGAAGACGAGGAGGAGAUGGAGGGAGUGGGGAACGGUGGGGUGCCCAGCUUUACUUCAGCCCCCCUGGUAGAGCAAGAGGUGGCCACAGGGGCAGGAGGAGGGGGUAGGAAGAGGAAGUCUCAGACCCCCCAGCAGUGUCCUGUCUGUCAGAAGAUCAUCCACGGAGCAGGGAAGCUGCCCAGACACAUGAGAACACACACCGGGGAGAAACCAUUCGAGUGCUCUACCUGCGGGGUCCGCUUUACCAGGAAUGACAAGUUGAAGAUCCACAUGCGUAAACACACAGGGGAGCGCCCGUACCCUUGCCCCCACUGCCCCGCCCGCUUCCUGCAUUCCUACGACCUGAAGAACCACCUGUCUCUCCAUAGUGGGGCACGCCCCUUCGAGUGCCCGCUCUGCCACAAGGCCUUCGCCCGUGAGGACCACCUCCAGCGCCACCGCAAGGGCCUCAGCUGCCUGGAGGUCCGUACCCGGGCACGGCCGAGGCGCGGGCCUGGGGCUGACCACGGGGAAGAGGGCAGAAGGGUUAGAGGAGGAGGAAGAGGGUAUUCUCCAGACCAACUUGAGAAUCUGGACCUGCAGCCCCACGCCUCAGCAUUCCACCCCCGUGCUGGGAUGGUUGGCCUGGGGGAUGGAGCGGAGGCUGGGGCUGGGGCUGGAGGUCAAAUGGUGUUCCCGGAGGAGGCUGACGGGGAGCAAGCUAUAGCCCUCCUAGGGCCUCACAGGUUACCCUACCCUGGUCUGCUGUGGAGAGGCCUGGAGCUGGGGGUGAGAGGGGUGGAGGGGGAGGAGGCAGGCGGGGGCCACUCUCCUGCACUUCAGCAUGCAAGAUGGGAGGAGGAGGCAGAGGAGGAUGAGGAAGACGAGUGAGAAGAGAGGAUGAGUAGAGUGUGCAUGGAUGUGUAUCUGUGUGCAUGUGUUUGUGCGUGUGUGUGUGUGUGUCACCUACAGUAUGGAUGGUGAUCUCACUCAGGUGACUGGACCUGCUCCUUCUUACAAAGCGCUUAGAGAAAAACUAAAUGAUAGAGAAA